ACGCUUUUCGAUGAAGAUCCAUGCGACCUCUAUACUGCGACACUGAACCAAAUUCGAAAAUUCGUUGACGUUUAUUGGUUUUCUGUCAAGUUUCUUUUCGAAUUUUUAGUGGAAUCGGUGAAAUACAAACCGACAAUGGGUCGUGUAAUUCGUGCACAACGUAAAGGUGCGGGCUCCGUAUUCAAGGCUCAUGUGAAAAAACGCAAGGGAGCAGCGAAAUUGCGACCAUUGGACUAUUCCGAGCGUCAUGGCUACAUUAAGGGUGUUGUUAAGGAAAUUGUCCACGAUCCAGGCCGUGGUGCCCCAUUGGCUGUAGUGCAUUUCCGCGAUCCUUACCGCUACAAGACCCGCAAGGAGUUGUUUAUUGCCCCAGAAGGCAUGCACACCGGACAGUUCGUCUAUUGCGGCAAGAAAGCCAACUUGCAAAUUGGAAACGUUAUGCCUCUGUCAGUUAUGCCUGAAGGUACAAUCAUUUGUAAUUUGGAGGAAAAAACAGGAGAUCGAGGCCGGCUUGCCCGUACAUCAGGCAAUUACGCUACAGUUAUCGCCCACAAUCCGGACACACGGAAGACCCGUGUGAAGCUGCCAUCAGGCGCGAAAAAAGUCGUUCCAUCUGCUAAUCGGGCUAUGGUUGGUAUUGUAGCUGGAGGCGGUCGUAUUGACAAGCCAAUCCUGAAGGCUGGCCGUGCAUACCACAAAUACAAGGUAAAACGCAAUAGCUGGCCUAAGGUGCGUGGUGUGGCAAUGAACCCAGUCGAGCAUCCUCACGGUGGUGGUAACCAUCAACACAUUGGUAAGGCUUCGACAGUCAAGCGAGGAACUUCAGCCGGUCGUAAAGUCGGUCUCAUUGCUGCGCGCCGUACUGGUAGAAUCCGUGGUGGUAAAGGAGAAGCCAAGAAGGAAGCAAAGUAAAAUAAGGCUUGAAGUGCGUGGUGAGAGGUGGUUCGCGUACACCAUUUGUCAAGUAUUGAGUGUUUUACACAUGCUUGCGAAAGUGCUG